AUGAUUUCUAAAUCAUUGAGUCUUCCAAGUUCCAAUCCUGACAGUGCUAGAGUUAAUAAAACUUUGGAUUUUGCACAUUUUUACAAAACUGCAGCUGAAAGCAGUACGACUUUGAAAAAAGGCUCUCAAAUCAAUAAUAAUGAUUCGUGUGAUACAUUAUUGCCUCCACAAUCACAUAAUAAAAAUGGUAAAGGUCAAAAAGUAUCGGUGACGAAAAUUGAUAUAGAUGGUAAAAAUUUGGGCUCUAAACUAAGACACGGUUCUCCAAAUGGUUCAAAAAUUACAUCAACCCCAAACAUGACUAAAAAAAGAAAUCUAAACAUUAAGCCCAUUAUAAAAGACUCACCUACCUUGGAAAACUCGCUUGAUUUGUCAAGUGUUCCAAAAUUUAAUCGAAAGAAGAGGAACAAAUCUGUUAGCUUUAUGUUAGAAGAGAAUGAUGAAGUAGUUGUUAAAAAAACUAAAUCAGAUGAGUCCUUGCUGCAAAAAACAGAAGAAAAGAAACCUAAACUGAAAAAUAAGAGGUUUAAGAAGAUACAGAAAGAAGAUAAAGAAAAUGACAACAAUCCAUUCAUAAAUGAUAUGCAAAACUUAGACUCCAAAACUGAAAUCAAUAAAAAGAAGGUAUUUCAGAAAAAGAAUAAAAAAGGAAAACCUGAUAGUAAUAUAAAUGAUAUAGAUAUUAGAACUUCAACAAUAUCAAAGGAUAAUAACACAGUAUCAAAUUGUAAUAUGACUGGUAUUAAUUUGCCUACUUUUGAAAAGCAAGAUGCUAAGAAAAAAAGAAGAAAGCAUGGCAAAGCAUUAAAAAGUGUUGAAAAAGAAAAUCCUACUGAUACAGGUGCUAGUAAAAACGCAAAACAAAAUGUUGAUGCAGCAAUUAGUGUAAAAAAAUCUAAAAGGUCUAAAAAAAAUAAGCACAUAUUAGAGACGUCUGAAGUAGGAGAACCUGAAAAAAAAAACAUUAAAAAAAGUAAACCUGACAAUAUUGCGGAUGGAAUAGAGAAUUUAAAUAUAGGAGACAAUACUCACACAUUAACUAAUCUGUUAGAUGAAAUGAUUGUUACUAAGACUAAGAAAAAAAAUAAUAAAAAAUCAAAUGUAGAAACAUCAAGUCCUGAUAAGAAAUCUGAAGACAAGCCAAAGAAUAAUCGAAACUCUAGGAAACGUAGAAACCGAAAAAUGCAUGCUGGUGUAAUAGUACAGAAUUUACCUUUCAGAAUACUUCUUACCUAUAAGCAAAAGCUAAGAGACUUUUUUUCCAAAUAUGGCACAGUCCAGUCUAUAGGUGUGGCAGAUUUAAAGUGUGGUGCAGAAGAAGCUAAACCAAUAUUCACAACACGUAUUUUCUUUACAACAGAAAAAGAAGCCACAGCAGCUUUAGAUGGAGACAAUGAACUAUAUGAAGGUAACAUAAUCCGUGUGAAGAAAUUGUCUGCUCAGGUGACAAGGAUUUUUACGCCUUCUAACAAAAAUAGAACUCAAAAAGAUGAAGCAAAAGGUAAAACAGUUAAGGAAGAACUAGCAAUGGAUAAUGAUUGCAACUAA